UAAAUUAAAUUUUAGACAAAUUUACCUCAUUACUGCCUCCUUCUGCCAUGUUUGUUUCGUCUGCUCUCACUUCCGUAUUUCGUGAGAAAAGAAAAUCUGUUGAAAUCACUCACGGAGAAAGCAUUUCGUCAGUUUCAGACUGCUGAAAUGUCGUCUGCUGCAGUUGUACAGAGGUUGGUUCAGAGAGCUAAGCAGGCGGAAGAAAUUAUUGCACAGCUGAAAGCUCAGAUAGAGAAUGUUAAACAAGCAGCAGCUAUAAGUGUAAGCAAACCAGAGGAGGGAAGACUGAGAUCGGAAAAUGAACAACUGAAGGCGAAAAUCAACACACUGAAAAUGUCAUUGAUGCUGUGUGAAAUAAAGAAUGGAGUGAAACAGGUCCCCAUUCCGCAAAGAAAACCAAAGUUGGAGCCAGCUGGGGCAGACAGUGUCACACAGCCAGCAGAGGUGAAACCACAGGCUACUAAGGAAACAAAACCAAAACAAGAGAAAAAAGGAAAACAAGAAGAUGCCAACAAGAAAAAAGGGGAUGAGGCAAGUAAGCCUAAGAAAGCUAAGGUAGAGAAGAAGGAUGCUGCAGCUGAUGCUGAUCGACCAGUAGAUAUCUCUAGACUAGAUCUACGUGUCGGCAAGAUUGUAGGUGUGAAGAAACAUCCUGACGCUGACAGUUUGUAUGUUGAAGAUGUGGAUCUUGGAGAAGGGCAGACUCGUACAAUUGUAUCAGGCCUGGUGAAACAUGUGCCUAUAGAAGAGAUGCAGGAUAGGUUAGCUGUGUUCAUGUGUAACUUGAAGGCAGCAAAGAUGAGAGGAAUCAUGUCACAGGGGAUGAUUAUGUGUGCUAGUAGUCCAGAGAAAGUAGAAAUACUUCUUCCACCACCAGGAGCUCAGAUUGGAGACAGGGUGUUUGCAAAAGACUACACAGGAGAACCAGAUGCAUUGAUGAAUCCAAAGAAGAAGAUAUGGGAAACUGUGAAACCUGAUCUUAAAACGGAUGGUGAUAAAGUUGCCGCAUACAAAGGCUCUCAACUAAUCAUUGAAGGGAAGGGGAAAGUUGUUGCUCCGACAGCAGCCAAUACCCAGAUAUCUUAGUGCUACGACAUUCUAUAUAUUUACUGGCAGCAGUGAGGAAUAAAACAAUAAAUAUUAAUAUAUA